UCCUGAUUCCUCUAUCUUCCCAAAAUCAAUUUCUUUUCUCCCUACUCCAGCUAGUCGAACCCUAACACCGCCGUAGACGAUACCCUCAAUCUCUGAAACAAUCCAUGUCUGUGCCCCUCUUUCUCUCACCUUCGUGACUUGAAACUUAGACAUCUGAUAGCUCACUAGCUCUACGUCGUCCCUGUGUAGCUUGCUAUUCAGAUGAACUCACAAUCUCUGAUCAAAUCUCUUUCUCCGCAUGGUGCUCUGGCUUUGUGGAAUCCUGGUUCGGCCGUCAUUUUCCGUCUAUCUGUUCUGCAUUCAUAUAUUCUCAAUUGAUAGUAAGAACUCGCCUAUUUGAUUGCUUGCUUUCUUUCUCUGUAUUUGACUUAGGUUUUUGGUGAAUAUCUUUCUCUCUCUUGGUCAAUCGGCUUCUAGCACGAAGGAAGCAGAGUCGAUAAGGAAUUGAAACUUCAGUUUUGACAAGGAUGGGGAUGAAUUCAUGCUUGGGGUGUGCGCUGAGGAGAUGCGGGAUGCGGAGACUCCAAUUAGGGCAAUAUUUCCUGAUGAUAUAGCUCGAUUCAAGCAUGCAUACUCUGUCAAUACUUCAGGGACUUACGAUGAGGAAGAGAAAGAAGCCCUCACCAUCCUUAUAGCAAAGAGUCGCUUGAGUAUAGUGGGGCUUUCCCACCUUUCAAGAUAUAUGGAGCUGUCUGAUUGGCCAGAUGCAACUAAACUUGCUAGCAAGUACCUCACUGAACUGAAGCAGGUAAGUCAACUUAAUCCAACACUCAGUUCAGAGGGGUCUCAAAUGGACAAGGCCGAGGUCGCGGUGGCAAAGAAGGUCAAGGGCAGAGGGAAUGUAUAUGUGUCUGUUGAGUACGAAGAUGGUGGUUCUCUAGCUAAAUCAUUAAGGAAAAGGCACAUAGUCUUCGACAAGAAGAGGUCUUCUGAUAAUCAAUAGAUAUUUCAGAAACUGCAUAGGCCAGAGCAUCCUGGGAGGGUUUGUUUAAUAAAGAGGUCAGGGGAGGGGUCAAUAGAUGAUUCAUUUUGUGCACCAUCUUCAUCAAGUCAAAGUGCUACACGGGCUAAUGAAAGGUAAGUAAAUACAACUUAUAUGUUGGCUUGGUCUUGUAUCAUUAUCUCUUGAAUCAUCCUUGCUUGACCAAUAGUUCAUUUUCUUGUUGAUGAGAGUUUUUUGUUUGAUCACACAUGCUUCUCCCUGGUUUCAUAAGGUCUCUGUUUCAUUUUGAAGCCUAGCUGAAAGGAGUUGUGGGGCUGGCUAUGGGUUUGCUUUCUGAUUGACAAUUUUCUACUUGCAUGAUGUAGGCAUACCCACAAAGGAGGGAGGGAGAGAUAGAGAGAUGAGAGGGGUGGGGGUGGGGAAGGAAGAAGAAGAUCAAUAAUCUAAUCUGUUUAUUAGUGGUUUCCCACUUUCACAUAGUAGCUAACCAAUAAUAUGUUUGUUUUGGUUGGCUUUGUAACAGGAUAAGCUGAGCUGUUGGUGAUUCAGAAGAAAGGAUUUGGCUGCAACUUUAUCUUUGUUCAAACUUUUAUGUUUUAAAUUACUGUGAGUAACGUAGACUUGGAAGGUACUGCUAAUAUGUGUUAAAAAAUUGAAAGUUGUAGCAGAUUGCAGGGAUUCUAGAAUUUAUGAAAAAAUUUACUUUCUCCAUC